CAACACCGGAAACUAAACUAUGGCAACGAUACCGGAUGCGUAGUUGAAACCCAGGGGGAAUCGAAAAAAUUGAACUGAACAUGCUAAGUAAAAAAAAUGUGAAAGUCAAAGAAGUGAUCGAAUCACUUUGUAGACUUCUGUCUGUACUCGAUGUGGAUUCUAUCCCCAGCGCAGAAACAUUUAGACGCGCUAAAUUUAACAAAGGCGAGGAAGCGACGGUGCAAUUUUGGACGCUCCUCUAUAACAUAAUUCUGAAAGCAACUCCACUUGAAUAUGGGUGCUCUUGCACGACACACAAAGAUGAAGUCAGUCAGUCCAGGAUGGUGCGAGGCUUCUUGUGGAUGAGCGGCUAUGGGGCAGACUGGGUGAUCGAGCCCCAGAUCCAGGAGGUCGGCAGCAGGCAGCUACUACUGGCCCUGGGCUGGCUGCUGUCAUCUGGAGACCUGCUGGACGUCAUGCUGAGAGAGAGGAUUAUGCAGCUGGAUACUGUGGCACAGUCAACCAUGGUCUCACUAAGAAUGGCUGGACCAAUAGAGUGGACUGAGGCAGAUUCACAGUCAUCAGAUCCCAACCUUCUCAGAAGACUGCAGUGGCAGAUUGGCCGUCUCAGGUUCCAGAGGCGGAGAUUGAUGUCAUUGCAGGAAGAGAGAGCGAGGCUCCUUGACCAAAUCCUGUCAUCCACCAUCCAGGUCCCCCCUCACCCCUCCCCUGAUGGCCACACUUGCAUCAACUCCUCCGCGCUUAAAGAGGCAUGCCAGCAGGUCCAGAAACUGUGUGAUGUCCUGGAAGCCUACCUUGACUGGAAGCAUCUGGAAAGCCUUUUCUGGAGCUGGAUGGAGAGUGUACUAGAUUGCCAGCGUACAGACCAGAGAGGGGAGCCUCCUCCUGAUGCUCAGGCACCCAUACACCAGACUUCCAGAGGGAGGGGGGGUCCUCGCCAUGGUGACCCGGGCAGGGGGGGUCUGGAGCUGUUGGAGAGAAUACUGCUGAGGUUGCAGACAGGGCUGAAAAACACAUACCCGGGACAGGUUCAAAGUCUUCACCACCUGACAGGCAUAGGGGAGAGGAGCAGGGGGCUGUCUGGACCUUCCCAGGAGGAGGUGGAGAACAGAGUGUCUCUGAGGCUCCGGGGCCUGCUGGAGGACUCCACCCCCACCGUUUUCUGCCAGGGUUACAGGCCAAUUCUUCAGCCUGUCAGGCCCAAAACAGCAGCACCUGGUGGGGUAGGGUGGUCAAGCGAGUACCAGGCUUCACAACUUCUUGUCCAGCUGCGGCAGAAGGAGGCCCGUCUGUUGGAGAGACGAAACCUUAGGAGGCAGGCCCAGAGGACAGAGAUCCAGGAGCUGGUUGGACAAGUAGAGGGGGUGGUCCUUAUACCCCCUACAUUAUGACCCUCGACUCUAAACAAAUCCCUGCCUCAGCUUUCUUUCUGAUGCUUCUUAAGUCACUCUGGAGUUAGUGACCUGGUCUGGAUUAACUCAACAUUCCUGAGCCAAGCUGAGAUGUGUGGGUGCUUGGUGUUUUGUUUACAAAGGAAAUGAUAGAUAGAAAACAUCAAAAUAAAAAGCUAUUAGAACCCA